AUGGAACGCUACUUUAAGAGAAGGUUCGCAUCAACUACUUCUAGUUCGGAUAAUGUGGGUAGUUCGAGUUUGAUAGAUGUGGGUAUUUCAACAUAUGUGGAUAGUUCGAAAGAAAGUGGGUUGCAAGAUAUCUUGGCUAAUCUUAUUGCAGACCUUGGACUUCGACCUCAAAUGUUGGAUUAUGAUCCUAACAUUCGAGACGAAGUUCGAAGAGCAUAUCUACAAAAGGGUUCAUGUCAGCCUAAGGAUCACACAUUUCCACAAACUGAUCUUUCAGGAAUUGGUCAAGGGCGUAAUAACGCCUUCACUGAGAUGGGUUUUAGGAAUUGGAAGAAAGAUAAAAUUAGGCAACAUGUUGGAGCUGUUGGAACUUCUCUUGAUUGCGUGAGAUGUUUGUUGAGGCAAGGUCUUCCUUUUCGUGGGUAUGAUAAAAGUGACACUUCAAGCAACAAGGGGAAUUAUUUGGAGCUCUUCCAAUUUCUUGCUGAUCAUGAUGAGAAAGUAAAAGCCGUUGUGUUAGAAAAUGCUCCCGGGAAUCUCAAGUUAAUAGCUCCAACAGUUCAAAAAGAUCUUGUGAAUGCUUGUGCCACUGAAACUAUUAAGAAAAUCAUUAAGGAUAUGGAUGGUGCAUUCUUCUCUUUAUUAGUUGAUGAAUCAUGUGAUGUUGACACUACGUCAAACUCACUGAAGGAGGCUAUUGACACAUUGUUUUCAAGAGAGGAAUUGUGCAUUUCCAUGCUAAGAGGACAAGGAUGUGAUGGAGCUAGUAAUAUGAAGGGUGAGUUCAAUGGAAAUGCUGAUAUUGCCACUUUCUUCACAUCUUGCAAUAGCUUGGUUAAUAUUGUUGGAGCAUCGCGUAAGCGUCGUGACAUGCUUAGAGAUCAACUCCAAAAGGAUGUUACAGAAGCUCUUGAAAAAGAUACUUUUCCAACAGGGCAAGGCUUAAAUCAAGAAACUUGUCUCAAGCGUCCUGGUGAUACACGUUGGAACUCACAUUAUGGUACAUUACUUAGUAUCAUCUCCAUAUUUAAAUCUGUGGUGAAAGUGCUUAAAUUGAUUAUUGAGGAUGGCUCGACUGAUAAUCUAGGUGAAGCAAAUAGGUCAUUGAGAGAAAUACAAUCUUUUGAGUUUGUAUUUCAAUUAUUUUUCAUGAGAUCUACAUUAAGAGCUACAAAUGACUUGUCACAAGCAUCAUUGGGAAUGCAAUGA